CCCCCCUCUCCACUUCCAGAGUCCGCGGCGUUGGCUUCUACCUACAGAAUCCAACAUGGAGUAACCAGAGAUGGGGCUCGUACGGGGCCAUCCUCACCGACAUCAACGCACGAUUUUAAUUACCGCAUUUCAGCAUGGGGCGCGACGGGAUUAAAUCGGUGGAGGUAUUCCAAAGGGAUUUACUCUCUCGUGGAUGCGCUCGAAUAAUUGUAGUAAAGUGCUGAGAAACGAAGAAGAGAAGCGAGAAAUAACGCAAACAAACUGAAAAAACACUCGGAAAACUAAACUACGGCUGUUAGUGUGUGAUCGAGGGGUUGGACGAGAAGGGAAAGAUAAAAUGAAGACACCACAUUACGUACCCUCGGCGGGAUAUUAUUGUAGGUGAAACGAAAAAAUGACCGAGGAAACACACCCAGAUGAUGACAGCUACAUUGUGCGCGUCAAAGCGGUGGUCAUGACCCGGGACGACUCGAGUGGCGGCUGGCUGGCCCAGGAUGGUGGAUGCCUCAGCCGUGUGGGCGUGUGCAAGGUGCUGUCGGCCGAGCUGCUGGGCCGAAGCAGCUUCCUCAUCCACGGCGAGCGCCUCAAAGACAAACAGGUGAUUCUGGAAUGCUUCCUGAAGAGGGAUCUGGUGUACACCAAGGCCACGCCCACAUUUCACCACUGGAAAGUGGACAACAAGAAGUGUGGCUUGACGUUCCAGAGCCCGGCCGACGCACGCGCCUUCGACCGUGGGGUCAGGAAAGCCAUGGAGGACCUGACGGAAGGUACGGGAGGGGAAGGCGAAGACUAUGAGGGCUGUAUCUCAAUGCUCUUGAAUGGAUCUACCACCUCUUCUUCGACCAUCCAGAAUGAGGCCGAGUUGGGUGACGACGAUGUUUUCACCAAUGCCACCGACAGCUCAUCCAACUCCUCCCACUCCCAGAAGAAGGAGCCUCUGCAGCUGCAGACCCUGGCCCCGCCCAGCUUCUGCGAGCCGCGCCGGCACCACUGCAUCCUGGGUCACUUCUACGACCAGCACCGACACUCGGACCACUACUUCCUGGAUCAGGUGGGUGGCUGGGGGACAACGGUGGCGAAGUCGGUUCCCAUGUUCCCACGCCACGUCAGCUUCCAGGUGGAGGAGGAGGAGGAGGAGGAGAUUGUGCGCAUCAACCCUCGCGAGCGGACCUGGCUGACUGGGUAUGAGGACUACCGGCACGCCACCGCCGCGCGCGACAAGCUCAUCCAGCACCCCGAGGACGCCGACGCCUACGUGCACUUCGCCAAGAGCGAGCCGCCCAAGCACGACUACACCUACCCUUACCCCCUGGGCCUUGAUCCCUACCAGCACGCAAGGGACCCCAAGAUAGGCUGCGUGGACCGACUAGGUGGGGGUGGCCUUAUCGGGGGACACAGGGCAGUGGUCACAGCCCAGCCCCGCACCCUCCAGCUCAAGGGCAAGCGGCGGAAGGAAGACGGCGAGCGCUCGCGCUGCGUCUACUGCCGGGACAUGUUCAACCACGAGGAGAACAGGCGCGGGCGGUGCCAGGAGGCGCCGGACCCCAUCCAGACGUGCAUCCACCGGGUCAGCUUCAUGUGGUGCGCGGACAGCCUGCUCUACCACUGUAUGUCGGACCCGGAGGGCGACUACUCGGACCCGUGCUCGUGCGACACCAGCGACGAGCGCUUCUGCCUGCGCUGGCUGGCCCUGGUUGGGCUGUCGCUGCUGGCCCCCUGCAUGUGCUGCUACGCCCCCCUUCGCACCUGCUACCGCUGCGGGGUGGCUUGCCACUGCUGCGGGGGCAAGCACAAAGCCGUGGGCUGAGGGCCGGGAGGUGCCAGCAGAGAGGGGGAGUAGAACAGAGACACAUGGAAGGGACUGGACCAGAAGAGGGUGGCCCCGCUAUUCUUUUGUUUUGUGUUUUUGUUUUCGCUGUUGCUUGUCUCGGUCAAAUUCCAGAUGGGAAAACAAUUGGCUUGUCCUGAUUCUUUUGGAAAUGGAAGUUUCUCUCGGUGGAAAGAAAGAGAAAAAAUAUGUUUCCUAUUGUUUUUAUUUUUGUUCGUGUUUUUUAUUUUUAUAGGGGUACCCUGCCUACGGCUUCCACGUCCUUGCAUUACAAAGACUAAAAUAAUGAAUAUUCAUUUAUAUAUAAAUAUAUAUAAACAGGUACUUUAUAUUUUUACACUCAUGUGUUUUAAAGGCUUGAAUAUUUUUCCUUUUCUCCGUGUUUUGUGUGAGGUCAGUGUGAGCGUUGUUUUCUGAGGGGGGCUCUCGCUUUGUGUUCCCCUCGCCAUGGCUCACCACCAAUCACAGAUCAAGCUGGUUCCCGCCUGUAAAGCAGAGGCACCUAAAUCAAGGGUGUGUCCUAAAUGGUACUUUUUUCCUUAUAUAGUGGACUACUUUUGAUCAUAGCCCAAUGGGCCCUAGUCUAAUGUAGUGCAAUAUAUAGGUAAGAGUGCCAUGUGGGAUGCAGCCCAACUGUGAUCAAGUCUGCCCCUCCCCAGCCAAUGAAACAAAAGGCAAACGUUUAACCAGUGUUUCCUCGUUCUGCUCCUUGACUACUCCUGACCUAGCCUGGUCUCAGAGCUGUGCUGUUUUGUCAACUCCUAUGGUUGUCAAUGGCCUUAGGAGUUGACUAUAUAGCACAAUUAGACCUGGGGCCAGGAAGGUACCUGACUAUGCACAUUUUUAAAACCAAAUUCAACCUAAUGUCAGUGGAGAGACACCUGGAAAAAACAUGAAAGUACCAUUCUACUGCUCAGUCAAGUUAGACUGAAUGUAUUGUGGAUUCGGCCCAGAACAAAAGAUCAAAUGGGUCAGGGGUACUUCAGUAUUGGAUGGGGAACCUCUGCUUUAGACACUUCAUCUGUGUGUGUGUCUUCCUUUGUGCAAUGGUCUUGAAAAUGGAAUGGUCAGCAAUGUAUCCCUGAUUGCUAUUGUUGUGACAUCAACUAAAAGCCAAAAUGACAAAAUAAGCUGCAGCAUUGAAAUAGAGUAUCUAAAUUAGUCAUUUUUUGAAGAUAAUAAUCCUCAAUCAACCGUUUUAUUACAGUGGAGGAGGAGAACUCGAGCCUUAGGUGACUUUUUAUUCAGUUUUGAUGCUUGAUGUUGAUCUUUUGAUAUAGUUUUUAUUUAUUUGCCUUGCUAAAUUUAGACACCAGCCUAGGGGACUGGGGGGGUUAAGAGGAAGGGAACGGUCCUAUUGUAAACUAAACACAGCUAAGAGGGGAAGAGUUCUUUUUUUUUCACCUUUUGAGAUGGAUGAUGUCGUUGUCCACUACAAUGUCAAUGGUGCUUUCUUUAGUGUGUCUUUUCUUUUGUCUUUCAAAAGGAUACUCGGUGUUUCCCUGACAGUUCGCCUCGUUAUCUUUAGAGUUUUGCUCAACUUUAGCUCGAGAGAAAGACCGUUUUGAUCUUGUUGCUCAUCUUUUCCCACUCCCUUCGAAGGGUAUAUGAUUGUGGGUUCUCCAACGAAGGGGCCCACUAGCACACCUGAUUCAACUAAUCGCCUAAUCGUGUUCUUCAGUCUAUACCACGAUUAGCUGACAUGGGUGCUUUACUGCAGGGUUGAAACGAAAGGCUACACAACCCAGGAGCUCCAAGACCAGAGUUGUGGAAGAAGGGUUUUUAUCUAUUGUUCUGUAGUCCAAUAAAUCCCACUUCCUGGUCUGUUACUCGGUAUUACAUUACAGCCAAUGGCAAGGGAGAAGACUGUCUUGUCAGCCAAUCACAUCAGUCAGGCAGGUGGUGCAAAAUGUAUACAAAAAUAAAAUGGACGCUACAGUAUGUAUGUAUGUAUUGAAACAAACUAGCCUCAAAUUUAAAUCACCCUGUAACCUCACCUCAUCGGAGGAACAUUGUUUGAUCUAUCUCUGUAUGAAGCACAACACUAAUCAGAAAAACCUUAUGAACAAAAUGCGCAAAUUGCUGUGAAGUACCCGAUCUCGAGUCGCAUCAAUGUGGUAGAAAAGACAUCUUAUGCGAUCUAUCCCAGUCAUACAUUAACUAAUCGUCAUAACCAUUCAAGUACCAAGCAAUGUCUGGGGUUAAAUGGGCGACGGUACCAUGGCAUUGUGGAUUCUGUACAAAAGCUGUCGUUGUGUCCAUGUCUUUCUCUGUACUCUCUCUUGCCUUUCUUCCUUCCUUUUUUUCUGCUGUGUGUUCCUGUUUGUCAGCUUUGCAAUACUGUUGCCAUUCAUUGUAGAGAAGAUCCUAGUUUUAUUUUUCUAUCUGUGGUAAAAGAAAAGUUAACCAAAAGCAGUUUGUCUGUUUUGGUGCGGUGUCUAAUUCCUGCACACAUUUAACUAUUAAAGGAAAGUGCCUGAAGCAUCCUCUUCAUCUAUCUCAUAUAUAUAUAUAUAUAUAUAUAUAUAUAUAUAUAUAUAUAUAUAUAUAUAUAUAUAUAUAUAUAUACUUAGUCUUUUUUAUUUUAAUCAAAAAAAAAAAAAAGUUAAAUUGAUUGUCUUUUUUUUAUUUUUACAAUCUGCAUUUUUACCUCUGUAAAAAAAAAAAGCUAAAAUAUAUAUAUCAAGUGUAUGAUGUACAUUUUAAGUUAUAUUUUUGUAUUGUUUCUAAUAUGAUCAUCACGACUCUAUGCUUUUAAAAAGAAAAAAUGAGAAACGAGAAAUUAACAUCUGUAUAAAUGCCAAUACAUCAUAUGGAAACUAACAGAAGCAUGGCCUGGAUAGUAAGUA